AUUUAUUGGAAAACCGCGGGAAAGUGCGGAUGAAUAUCAAAGGGGUAAAUAAAAAGGCGGAGCUUUGAAUGUUCCCCAGGCAAGUAGUCAAUAGUCCAGAAGAAGUUGUAUGAGGAAACGUUUUCUGCGACCUAUUGCGUCGAACGGCUCAAGAUGACUGAAGCGGAACAGGCCCAGCAGGAGACACCCAUGGAGGAUGAGUCGGAGGUGGAGACCUUUGCCUUCCAGGCAGAGAUCGCCCAGCUCAUGUCUCUCAUCAUUAACACCUUCUACUCUAACAAGGAGAUCUUCCUGAGGGAGCUCAUCUCCAACUCUUCCGACGCGCUGGACAAAAUCCGCUACGAGAGCCUGACAGAUCCCGGCAAGCUGGACUCCGGGAAGGACCUCAGCAUUCGCAUCAUUCCAAACAAGGAAGACAACACCUUGACCAUCAUGGACACUGGUAUUGGGAUGACCAAGGCUGACCUGGUCAACAACCUGGGAACCAUCGCUCGCUCUGGCACCAAGGCCUUCAUGGAGGCUCUGCAGGCCGGCGCUGACAUCUCCAUGAUUGGUCAGUUUGGCGUGGGUUUCUACUCCGCGUACCUCGUGGCCGACAAGGUGGAGGUCGUCACCAAGCACAACGAUGACGAGCAGUACAGGUGGGAGAGCUCAGCGGGAGGAUCCUUCACGGUUUGCAUGGAUGCGGGGGAACCGAUUGGCCGUGGCACAAAGAUCAUUCUCCACCUGAAGGAAGACCAGGCGGAGUACAUCGAGGAGAAACGCAUCAAGGAGGUGGUGAAGAAACAUUCUCAGUUCAUCGGCUAUCCCAUCAACCUCGAGGUGACCAAGGAGCGCAACAAGGAGGUUAGCGAUGAUGAAGACGACGAGGAAGAUGCGGAAGAAGCCGCCAAGAAAGAGGAAGGAGAGGGGGACCAAGAGGAGAAGCCUAAGAUUGAAGACAUUGACGAGGAAGAAGAAGAAAGUAAGGCCAAGGAUAAGAAAAAGAAGACCAUCAAGGAGAAGUACAAGGAAGAUGAGGAGCUGAACAAGACCAAGCCCAUCUGGACCCGUAACCCUGACGACAUCAGCCAGGAGGAGUACGGAGAGUUCUACAAGAGCCUGACCAAUGACUGGGAGGAUCAUCUCGCUGUCAAGCACUUCUCCGUGGAAGGUCAGCUGGAGUUCCGGGCCCUCCUGUUUGUCCCCCGCCGUGCUCCCUUCGACUUGUUCGAGAACAAGAAGAAGAAGAACAACAUCAAGCUGUAUGUGAGAAGAGUCUUCAUCAUGGACAACUGUGAAGAGCUGAUCCCAGAGUAUCUGAAUUUCAUGAAGGGUGUGGUGGAUUCAGAGGACCUGCCCCUCAACAUCUCCCGUGAGAUGCUCCAGCAGAGCAAGAUCCUGAAGGUCAUCCGCAAGAACCUUGUCAAGAAGUGUCUGGAGCUGUUUGCUGACCUCCACGAAGACAAGGACAACUACAAGAAGUUCUACGAGUCCUUCAGCAAGAACCUGAAGCUUGGCAUCCAUGAGGAUGGGCAGAACAGGAAGAAACUGUCGGACCUUCUGAUGUACCACUCCUCUGCUGCUGGAGAGGACAUGACAACACUGAAGGACUACGUCUCUCGCAUGAAGGACAAUCAGAAGGACAUCUACUAUAUCACUGGUGAGUCCAAGGCUUCAGUGGAGCACUCUGCUUUUGUGGAGAGAGUUACCAAGCGGGGAUUUGAAGUGCUGUACAUGGUAGAACCCAUUGAUGAGUAUGCAGUCCAACAGCUCAAGGAGUAUGAUGGGAAGAAGCUGAUCUCUGUUACAAAGGAGGGUCUGGAGCUGCCUGAGGAGGAGGAGGAGAAGAAGCGACGGGAGGAGCUCAAGGCCAAGUUUGAACCUCUCUGCAAGGUCAUGAAGGACAUCCUGGACAAGAAAGUGGAGAAGGUUGUAGUGUCCAACCGCCUGGUCAGCUCCCCCUGCUGUAUCGUCACCAGUCAGUACGGCUGGAGCGCCAACAUGGAGCGCAUCAUGAAGGCCCAGGCCCUGCGCGACAACAGCUCCCUCGGCUACAUGGCCGCCAAGAAGCACCUGGAGGUCAACCCAGAGCACCCCAUCAUCGACUCGCUGCGAGAGAAGGCUGACGCAGACAAGAACGACAAGUCUGUGAAGGACCUGUGCAUGCUGCUGUACGAGACGUCGCUCAUGGCGUCUGGCUUCACCCUGGAGGAUCCGCAGGUCCAUGCAGGCAGGAUCUACAGGAUGAUCAGACUGGGAUUGGGUAAGUUAAGGAUAAUACAGGAUGAUUAAGCUGGGAGUAGGUAU